UGCUUCCGCCCGCUGAGCUUCACGCCGUCCUCGCUCGCCGCGCUAAAAAUUUCGCUCCGCCCGCCCCCCAACUCUCCUCUCCCGCCGCCGCCGCCGCUGCCGCGCAACUCGCCGGAGAGAGAAGGGAGCGGCCCAUUUCUCAGGCGAACAUGUACGACGAUGGUCCUCGCAAGGGAAAACCCGGCGGCCUCUCCAUGGACGCCGCCACCGCCGCGGGGCUCGCGGCGGUCUGGCCGGAGUACUUCCCGGAGGAGAGCGAGUUCGCCGCGGACGGCCGCAGCGCGCGCCUCGCCGCCGACCUGGUCGACCUCUUCUCCUCCCCCGACGCGAGCGACCUCCUCUCGCGAGUCGAAGAUGAUGGUGAUAUCCUCUCCCUUCCAGUUGAUUUCCAGCAGCUAUCGAAUUUGACCUGGAUUACUGAAGCUCUCCAGGAAAAUCCAAAAGAAGCCUUGCUUUCCAUGGGAGCUGCAGUUCAUCUGAUUGUGUGUGCUAGCAGGGACUUGCAGUUGGGCGACAUCAACAAAAUCAAUAUCAGGCUUUACAACCACACCAAGACUAUUGCCUUGAAGAAUUUAAAAGCGGCGUAUAUUAAGAAACUUGUGACAGUGCGUGGAACAGUCUUAAAAGUAAGUACGGUGAAGCCUCUAGUGCUGCAGCUGAAUUUCCAAUGCAUGAAAUGCGCUACAAAAUUCCCUCGUGUGUUCUGUGAUGGGAAGUUUUCACCUCCAGUAUCGUGCAGUAUUCAGGGAUGCAAGAGCAGAACAUUCAUACCAAUGAGAUCUACUGCAAAGUUGAUGGAUUUUCAGAAAAUAAGGAUACAAGAGCUUGCUAGUGGUGAAAGCCAUGAAGAAGGCAGAGUGCCACGAACUAUAGAGUGUGAGCUUACAGAGGAUCUUGUAGAUUGUUGCAUCCCUGGAGAGACUGUAACAGUUACUGGAAUCGUCAAAGUACUGAACAACUACAUGGAUGUUGGAGGAGGGAAAUCCAAAAGCAGGAACCAAGGUUUAUACUACCUGUACCUGGAAGCAAUUUCAGUAAGAAACUCAAAGGUCCAUGCUGCUUCAGGAAAUUCAGAUGCUGCUAGUGGAUCUUUCGGUUUUCAAGCUUUUACUGAAAAGGAUCUUGAAUUCAUCUCCAAAUUUAAGGAAGAACACGGUGCUGAUGUUUUUCGUCAAAUUCUUCACUCCUUUUGCCCCUCUAUCUAUGGACAUGAACUUGUAAAAGCUGGUAUCACCCUUGCGCUUUUCGGUGGUGUGCAGAAGCACUCCAUUGAUCAAAACAAGGUCCCAGUGAGAGGAGACAUUCAUGCUGUUGUUGUUGGUGAUCCUGGACUAGGCAAGAGUCAACUGCUACAGGCUGCAGCAGCUGUUUCUCCACGGGGUAUAUAUGUUUGUGGGAAUACAACAACAAAUGCUGGUCUAACUGUUGCUGUGGUUAAAGAUUCUAUGUCAAAUGAUUAUGCAUUUGAGGCUGGUGCCAUGGUCCUUGCUGACCGUGGAAUAUGCUGUAUCGAUGAGUUCGAUAAAAUGUCAGCAGAGCAUCAGGCUUUACUGGAAGCCAUGGAGCAGCAAUGUGUAUCUGUGGCAAAGGCUGGCCUUGUGGCAAGUUUAUCAGCCCGUACUUCUGUGCUAGCGGCUGCUAAUCCUGUUGGUGGUCAUUACGACCGAGCAAAAACAGUGAAUGAGAAUUUAAAGAUGAGUGCCGCCCUCCUCUCUCGGUUUGACUUGGUUUUCAUUUUACUUGACAAGCCAGAUGAAUUGCUGGAUAAGAGAGUAUCAGAUCACAUAAUUGCACUCCACUCCAAUGAUGGAGGCCCUUUCACAGCCAACAAGAGGAUAAGAACAGUGCCUCAAUUUAAUGCCAGUACAGAGUUUGGUGUCGGUAGAACUUCAUUAGCUUCAAGGCUGAGAUUGCACCCUGAGAAAGACAAGGAUUUCUGUCCAUUACCUGGACCAUUACUUCGCAAGUAUAUAUCUUAUGCAAGAAGCCAUGUUAACCCCCGAAUCUCCAUGCCGUCGCCAGCAGCUGACAGUCUGCAAAAGUUCUAUUUGGAUUUGAGAAAACAAAGUGAUUCUGCUGAUGGUACGCCCAUCACAGCCCGGCAACUGGAAAGCCUUGUAAGGUUGGCAGAAGCUCGUGCGCGGGUGGAUCUAAGAGAAGAAGUGACUUUAGAAGAUGCUAAGGAGGUCAUAGACAUAAUGACGGAAUCCUUAUAUGACAAGUGUGUUGAUGAGCACGGUGUUGUGGACUUUGCUCGAAGUGGUGGGAUGAGCAAUCAAAAGCAAUCAAAGAAAUUUCUCCGCGCCUUAAACGAGCAGUGUGAUUUGCAGAAAAAGGAUUGCUUUUCAAUGAAUGAGAUGUACAACUUAGCUGAUCGUAUCAGCUUGCAAGUUGCAAAUUUAGAUGCUAUUGUGGAAAGUUUGAACAAUGCUGGCUAUAUCACUAAAAAGGGAUCAUCAAUGUAUCAGGUAGUGACUUCGUCAUACCAGGGGAGCCAAGCUACAUGGUCAAGACGAUGAGUUUUGUUGCAUCCUAGAUGAUCACUGAUCCAGGAGGUUAGUGUCUGAUUCUAUUCCGAGAGCCAUAGAACGGGGUGAUGCUGCUUCUUAAGGCUGCAAGGUGAUUAAAGAUGUCUGGCUGCCCACUCACUGUAAUGUGCAAAACAGCAAUUUUGUAUAGAACUUCAUAUUUGCUAAUCAUCCAUAUUGUUAUAACCUGUCGCCCAGAUUUGUCAGUUUUAGGUGAUGCUAAUAUUUUCGUUCUGAUAGUAUAUGGUAGUAUAAUUGGGUAAGCAAUGUUUGAGCUGCGGUGGCUUACCCGUCGCGGCGGACCGGUCUAUGCCUCGAUCGCCGGUGGCGGGGGAUUGGGCUGCGCGUGGAGGGAGCGGUACGUGGUAAUGGCCCAUAUGUAAGUGGCACAACUGUAAACUGCACAAACUCAGGGGAUCAAUUUCCGUAGGUGGGUGGAGCACCCGCGCGGCGCGGCGAUAUGGGCGGCGCGGUGCCCGCAACGGCGGCUGCGUGUGACCUGUCGUAGCUGUGCGCCGCAGCAAAAGCCGAUGGCGAUGAUCUCUAGCAGCCGCGGCGACGACGGCUCGGCUCGGAUGACACCGGCCCACGGGCUGCGCUUGAGGGGGGAAGAGAGAAAAAGGUCCAUUAUCCAUCGCAGCAGGCCAUAAUAUGAGGCCUCAUCUAGUUGGGCCGACGACGGCAAGGGGAUGCAAGGCCUACGACGCGCGCGGCGCCGGCGGUCAGCACAGCCAUGGGCCGCCGUCCAAUCAAGCCCUAAACCUGGAAAUUCUGAGAGAUAUUUAACUAUUUACCACUCUUAUGAUAAUUAAGAGUUUAUGACUGGAUUUA